AUGAAGUCACCUCCUGGUGAAGUGACCCAAGCUGUAAAGGACGCCAUCGACAUAGGCUACCGGCACAUCGACUGCGCAUACGUCUACGGGAACGAGAAAGAAGUGGGAGAAGCUAUCAAUGUUAAGAUAAAGGAGGGAGUUGUUAAAAGGAAGGACCUGUUCAUCACCUCGAAGCUCUGGAAUACCUUUCACCGCCCUGACCUGGUGAAGUGUGCUCUGCAGAAGUCACUGGAAAAUCUCAACCUUCAAUAUCUUGACUUGUAUCUUAUUCACUGGCCGCAAGCAUACAAGGAAGGGGGCGACAACUUCCCAUCAGACGCUGACGGAAAGGUCCAGUUCUCUGAUGUGGACUAUGUGGAUACAUGGAAGGCGCUAGAGCCUCUGGUUGACGAAGGACUAACUAAGAGUAUUGGCGUUUCGAAUUUCAACUCGAAACAGCUGACCAGAGUGCUGGAGAUUGCGAGGAUUAAACCUGUUACUAAUCAGGUUGAAUGUCACCCGUAUCUGAAUCAGCAGCGUUUGAAAGAGUUCUGCGAAGCACGUGGCGUGACUAUCACCGCGUACUCUCCGCUUGGCUCCCCUGACAGACCCUGGGCCAAACCCGGAGACCCUCAGCUCAUGGAUGACCCAAAGUUGAAAGCUAUUGCUGAUAGAUUGGGGAAGACCGUCGCUCAGGUCCUCAUUCGCUACCAAAUCGACCGCGGUAACAUAGUGAUCCCUAAGUCCGUGAACAAAGGACGCAUUUCGAGUAAUUUCGACGUGUUCGAUUUUAAACUGAGCCAAGAAGACCUCGACUUGAUUAAUAGCUUCGAUUGUAAUGGACGUCUCGUGCCGAUGACUUCAUCUUCGGGCCACAAGUACCAUCCAUUUGAAAACGAUGAAUUUUAAACCGUGUGGUAUCUUCAUCUAUGUUACUAGAAAUGUUUUAUUUUGUCGAAUAAGUUAAUAAACCUGUAUUUGUA